AGUAACUGGACGGUAUAUUGGUAACAGCAACUGGACUGUACAGUAACUGGACGGUAGUAACUGGAUGGUAUAUUGGUAACAGUAACUGGAUGGUAUAUUGGUAACAGUAACUGGUCGAUACAGUAACUGAAGCACAGUAACUGGACGGUAUAUUGGUAACAGUAACUGUAUUGUACAGUAACUGGACGGUAUAUUGGUAACAGUAAUUGGAGUGCAGUAACUGGAUGGUAUAUUGGUAACAGUAACGGGAGUGUACAGUAACUGAACGGCACAUUUGUAACAGUAACUGGACAGGACGGUCUAAUGGUAACAGUAACUGGUCGGUACAGUAACCGGAGGCGGCCUAACGGGUGGUGGAAGUAACAGACGGUUGAAUCAGGGGGGGAUUACAUUACAUGCGUGUAUAUAGUAUAUACAUGUUGCCAGAAGGAACGGUGCCGUCGCUGUCAUCAUCAAUGCACUGAAGGCCUGCCGGAUGACCAGAUGCAGACAUAUCUAUGUCUUGGAAGGGAACAGACGGUGUUACUAGUAUGUUUUCAUGUUUUCAAUCAAUGGAUGCUAUCCCGACGUGCAUAUCCAUCUGGCCUGCGUGCGAUCCGUCCGUUGAUCGCUGACUCAUUGCACGCUGUUCUGUUCUCUCGAUCUAUGAUCCUCUAUGUUUUUGCCGGGGGAUGGCGAUAUAGAAUUGUUGGUCACGCUCUGGUCACGCUCCAUAUAUAUUUGUAGAUGGAUGGUGAUAUAGAAGGGUUGCUUCGUCUCUACUUUUUUUGGGGGGGGGCUUGUUUGUUUGUGGCAGAAAAUGGGCGAGAAGACGUGAUGGACUGUGCGACGAUGACGGCGCAGAAGAUGAGGCAGAGAAUAAUUGAGAAAUCGGAGUUGAUGGAGACGGAGAAGCUAUUCAAAGAAGCGGGACUGGACUGGCCGCCCAAGAUACCUGAAGAGGAGGUGGCGCUUGCUGCGGCCGUGGAUCAAGACAAGAAGAAGAAGACGAGAAGAUGACAUUCACUCAUCCUUUUAUUCCAUCGGCUUGUCAAGGACUCGGGCCGGCGCAUGUUCGAAUACAAGUUCAUAGCACAGCGAAGUUCAGUCAUCUUGUUUUUUUUUUUCGGUAGAUUUGUUGUUUGCUUUUCAUGUAUCUUCCUGUCUUAUACAAGAAGAUUCAUUUCAACUGGUGAGCAGUGGAGCAAGGGCUAUAGUACUCUAGGGCCACGUGGAGUCUUUUUCUUUUUUUUGGCUUUUUGUGGGGAUGCUGUUCGUGCAAAACGACAAUGAGAUCCGGCUGUGGUGUUCUUAGGGCCACGUGGAGUAGCUCUCAGUAGAUCUUUUUUUUUUUUUGACGUUUUUGUGGGGUGCUGACAUGCAGACAUGUGUUCGAAUCCAGAUGGUGGAACUUCAUGAGUAAAACCACUAUCAGCUC